GAACCCCAACGACAGCGGCGCAGGAGACCUGUGGGGCGUCGUGAGGGAGAGGUCCAAGUACCGGACUCAGGACUGGGCCAAGUACGACCCCACCCACAGGAGGUUCCUCGAGCUAGGCAGCCGCGGCCGCGUGCGGGACCACUACCGGGCGGGCCGCGUGGCGCUGUGGUCGUGGCUGGUGCCCGGCCUGGAGCGCGUGGGCGCGCGCUACGGCCCCGACUCGCCCUUCCACCGCCUGCCCAAGUACCUGCAGCCGGACACCUUCUCGGGCCCGACGCGCCCAACCAACCUCUCGAGCAACUUCCUCCCGCCGCCGACCACGCCCGCGCCCACCACGCAGCAGCUCUCCACGCAGGCGCACACGACGCCGCGCCCGACGGUGCUGGUGUUGAUGAACAGCAGCAGCGUGGCCGGCCUGCUGGAGGACCUGGGCACGGGCCACAAGCCGCAGGGCGCCGCCGCCUUCCCCUACACGACGGCGCUGAGCCUGACGGUGGCCAUCGGCUGCUCGCUGCUCAUCCUCAACCUGCUGGUGUUCGCCGCCGUCUACUACCGCCGCGACGCGCGCCAGGCCUUCACCAAGGCCAGCCACGACGGCAGCAGUGACAGCGGCAACGACGUGCAGCUGCACUCAUCCGGCGACCCGUGCAAGCCCAUCUCGCCGUCGCACUACGGCACGCUGCGCUCGUCCGCCACGCUGCGCUCGUCGCUGGCCACGUCGUUCGAGGGCGAGCAGCAGCACGAGUGGCCGCCCGACUACACCAGCAGCUGCCAGAGCGGCGAGGACGGCCCGCUGUGCGGCCCCGGCGAGCGGUGCCUGGCCGGCCACCCGCACAACGGCACGGCGUCGCGGCGCGGUGUGCACAGACAGUCCAUGUCGUACAACCCGCACGUGGACACGCAACUGUCGCCUGCCGUGUACGACGACACCCCCGACAUGCACGUGUGAGGCCGUCGCCGGAGUCAGACGCCCGGCGAGCGCGCAGACGCAGCGCCCGCGUCGCGUCAAAACCUUUCCUUUCUGCGACAUGUACAUUGUUUAUACAUAUUUUGUAGAAUGCCUGUCGAAGCUGAUCAUUAACCGAGCAUUGCUUACUCAACGCCGACCGGAACAGGUUUUGAGGGUCUCCGGAGAGGCGCGGCCGCCGCUGCCGAGCAGCUCGGAGAACAAGUCCCAAGGAAGCGCAGACAGCAGCGUAGCUAGAGGUCUAGAUGGCGUCCAGAUACUCUUCCUUGCGAGGCUCCCCGAACCGCCAUUCAUGAAGAGGAUCAGAGUCGAGAGCCGAGGCACCGAGGCGCGUUCUGGCACAGGCUAGAGGAGUGGCUCUCAGCUCGGCCCGGGCCACAGACCCGCAGCCUAAGCAAAACCAAUCGUGGACUAUCUUCUUUUGAGCUAUGUUAAAAAAUGGAUAACAUUUCGCUUUAACAUAUAGUCCUAACAAAAAGAAGUUUGAGAAAAUGUAUGAAAUAGUAGAAAGAUAAUAUUUGAAAUAUAGUUAUCACAAGAAUAAUUUUGAAGAAAUGUAUAAACAUCAAACAUUUGGCUGUGAAAUGCAUCCCAAACGAACAUAUAAAUUACACAACAAAUACUUCUCUCUGAAAUUUGAUGAAUGCAUUUCUUGCAACAGGGUCAACCGCACCGACUCCCAAAUCAUUACAACGUGCGGACCGCCACAAUAACUAUGAUGGAUUUCGUGAACUGCCAGCUGAGAGCCACUGAUCUAGAGAUUCAGUUUGGAUACUUGGCCAUCCUUCUUUACGAUGCCAGCUUCACCCAUUUUACUUUUCGAAUCGAUAGAAUCUCAUUGACCCAUGUUUAUUCUGUGUGACAGAUGAGAUGCUAAGUAUAUAAUCACUAAAUCUGGACGAUACGAAAUCUCAAUAUCACGUGAUCUGUAUAUAAUUCAGUUGAUGUUUUUUCGAUGAGUAGCUGGGCAUAUAUUUUCCCGCCACAGACGACAUUGUUAAUAAUAAUUCGGAAUGAUCGUGGACCUAUUAACAAAAUUCUUAUCAUGAUCAAUUAUAUAAAAAAUAAUAGCUCAAUUAUAUAUAAAAUCAAUAGAACAUACAUGUUAUUUGUUCAGUUAAAAAGAUAAUAUACGAUUAUAAGAGAUAUGUUCGUAUCCCCUUAGGUGUAUUGCACGUAUCCCGCGACCCUCUGAUCCUCUCUGAGAAUACAGUGGAAUACAUUAUCGUUUUUGCAAUAACAGUGACGUAGGUGGGAUUCAAACUUUAGGGUUUAUAUCAGAAUGCGAGAGAAGGAUGAUUGCGCUGAGAAACGAUCAGAUCGUUGGACGCAGCUGCGCUUUGUGUAGUCGAGAAUUGGGCGAGUCAAAGCGAGAGAAGCAAUCGUUUACUGAAGCCCAAUGUUUUAUUUUUAUUCGGUAACUACUCUCGCGCCAUGCGUCGUGAGUGACGUCAGUAUUAGGUAUUCAUGUAUCAUUUGUCUCGUGGACAAUAAUAGACGUUAGAUAGAUAGACGUUUACCAGAAGCGUUUCUAGUGUACGGCAUUUACACUCCUGGGACUGGACGCUUCUCUUCGCUCUGAAUCUAAGUGUCAUUUCAUUUGGUUUUGAGAAUAAUCAGGAGGAACUUCCAGUGAUAAUCUAAAUCUGCAUUUAGAAGGGGAUUUUGACCAUUCACCCAAGAGAUGUUUGUUUACGCAUGGUAUGUAAUCUCAUCUUUCAUAUAUAUUUUUUUGUUUAUUCAUUAAAAGAGAGUUGACUUUUUAAAUAUUAAUUUUGAGUUUAGUAACUGCUGGAAUUAACAUUGUGCUAUGUAUUAUUACGUACUGAUGACUACUGCUUGCUUAGCUGCUAUCUAAGAGUUUUCCAAAUGAAUGUACUGUACAUAGGCAGAAGAAGAAACACUAACGUGAAAUAAUGAAUAACCACGUCUCAACGGCUCCUUUGCCACCACCUGAUCAUUGUUCACUUGGCGUUCCCGACGAAAGGAAAGAUUCUCAAUGAACUCUUGGUUAAAGCUUUCCGAACUCGAGAUAAACAGUGUGACUUGGAAGCUCAAGCAUAUGAAAAGGACAACAGGAAUAUCGACUACAGUAACGUUUAGUGUGAAUAAAAAGGAUAUUUCGCUACCUACGCCGAUAACCGCUAGUUUUGGGGAAUUGCCCGAGGACUCUCCAGCCAGUUCGCGUGGCCACAGACCUCCAAAUCAAUUUGUGAAAUACGGUGAGAAGGUAAAGAAAAAAACUCACAGCAAAGCUUCGUGAAUAUUUUCGAACCUUUCACUCUCUCUCAUUUCGCCCCGCGCCUCAUUAUUCAUACUAAUGAGGUCAGGAAGAGGUUAACUCGUGCGCUUGCAGCAUUUCAAUUGUUUGGAUUUAUUUCCCACCAAUAGGAAAGAAGACUUGGACAAAAACGGUGCCGCCAUUGGUCAGGGUUUGGGAGGCGUGAGCCAAUGGGGACGCGCCUCUUCACCUCACGUUAAAAAAUAUCUGUAUACUUAUAUUUGAAGGAGAAAGUGUAUAUUAUGUAUAGCAUAUACCACACCCCUUCCCCUCCCUCAGAACCUUAGAUAUAACAAAGUAUAAUUUGUUGUGGGUCCCAUGGCUGUCAGUAGAUUAUAUAUAUAUAUGUAAAAAUAUAUUGGUGUCUCACAAUGAUAGAUACGUUUCAUAUAUAAGUGACAAAAUGUUAUCAAUAUUAUUUUUCAAUCAUCAUAGACGCUCUCCUGUGUUUGGUAUCCCCAAAAUACCCGAGUAAAUUCAGACUCAAUCAUAAUCAAGAUUUAAAAAAGCGAUGCUUAUUGUUUAAAAUAUAAGAUAUGUAUUCCCCGUGCUCAAGAAACAUGACAUUGAUAUCGAAAAAGUAACUGAAGACUGAGACUGUUCUUUUAAGUGUUUGAAAUUAUUAUUAUCAAAUUAUAGAUAUAUAUAAAUAUACACCAUUCAACCCUCCCUCUUCUAACCCCCACCCCCGCCCACACCCCACACCCCCUCAGUCACCACUGCUUGUACAAUGCUUUGUUUAAAACUCUCCACUUUUUAAGACUGCAUCUGCCUGUACAGUGCUUGUUUCUCCCGAGUCUCCUCCCCCCCCUCCCCCAGUCUUCCUCUAUUUCCCCUUUGAUCUUGUUCUGUCUCUGAAAGCCCUUCAAAGUGUAUAAGCAUGUGUAAUCAAGUUAUCGGAAAUUCAGUGUUUGAUUCUGUUACUAAAGAAAUGUAGAUGAAUAAAUAUUCAUAAUGUGCUAUUUGUAACCGGUACCUCUCCCUGUCUCACUCGUUUUCUAUCUAUCUAUCGAUCUAUCUGCCUGCGUGUCUACCUGUCUUUUUUAUUCUAUUUCCGCUUCGUUCUUCUGUCAUCUACACCUUCCGUCUUCUGAUCCGUUCUCCUUCCCUCUUCUUUUUAUUAUUCUUGUACUCCUUCAUUUUCUUAAUUCUUCGUCUCUUCCUCCUCUUCAUUCAUGUUCUUCGUCGUCUUUUCCUUCUUUCUCUUUUUCGUCUCUUCCUCCUCCAUAUUCUCCUACGUCUUCGUUGUCGUCCUUCUCUCGAUCAUCAUCUUCGUCUUCUUCUCCCCCUUCAUCAUCUUAUUCUUCGUCUCAUUUUUCUUCCUCUUCGUCUCCUCCUCCUACUUCUUCGUUUCCUCCUCCUCCUUCGUGCCCCCCUCCUCCCCCUUCGUCUUCUUCUUCGUCUUCAUCCUCCUCCUCUUCAACCCCCCCCCCCCACUCCACUGCUGGCUAGGCCGAAUCUCGAAAAGAGGUUUUCGAAAGGCGGUAUCUUAAGCUCAAUUUUUGCUUUCAACUUUCAAUUGAAUAUCAUAAAAACGAUGAACUAAAACUGUAUCAUGACUUCCAAAAUAUUGUAUCUGUUUUUUUUUUCUUUGAAUACAUUUAAUAUUUAAAUGGAGUGGUGGUGCUUUUUGUACUUGUAAGAAUAAUUAUUUUAUACGAGCAAUGAAAAUAAUAAAUGAAUGUUU